AUGAAGUUCUCCAAUAUCAUUUCUAUGGCCACUUUGGCUGGCCACUCAUUUGCUGCUGCUACACUUGUCGAUGUUAUUUCCGGUUCGAUUGAUCAGGCAGAUCAAGACACCCUCGCCCUGAACGAGGCUGUCAAGGCCUUCAACGGUGACAUCAAGCCCGUUGUUGCUGCUGCCGAUACUUUGAUCAAGCAUGUUCAAGACAGCAAGACUCUCAUUGAUUCAACCCCUGGUGACCCUCUCGACAUUAAUGGCGUUGUUGCCAUUUCCGGGUUCGCAACCCAGCUCUGGACGGACUCGGGUGUGCUGGUCGAUAACUUGACUGCUCGCAAGCCCGAUGUCGAGAAGGGCAACUACUGUUCUAUGGUUCAAGAGCAGACUCGGACAAUCUACACUGCUUCCACUGGUCUCAUUGACACCAUCACUGGUCGUGUUGGCGCGGAUGGCAAGGAAGCAGCUGAGGCUCUGGCUGGUCUAGUGAGGGAAGUUCUGCAAAAGUCUGUGGAUGCGUACGCAGUCUGCAACGAUGCCAACCCUACCACUUCUUCUUCUACCACGAGCGCUACCUCGACCACCUCGUCCGCUACCACUUCGUCCGCUACCACUUCGUCCGCUACCACUUCGUCCACUGGCACGACUUCGUCCACUGGCACGACUUCGUCCACUGGCACGACUUCGUCCACUGGCACGACUUCGUCCACUGGCACGACUUCGUCCACUGGUACUACUUCUUCUAGCACUUCCACCACCACUGGUGUGACUACCAGCUCUCACUGGAACAACGGCACCAGUACUACUACUACUGGCGGUGAUGUUACGGUCACUACCAUCUGCACUACCCCCUCUCCUACUACCACCAGCGGCGGCGGCAGCGACUGCAAGACUUGCCCUGGUAGUGGCAACGGUAACGGCGGUGGCAACGGCAACGGCAAUGGCAACGGCAAUGGCAGCGGCUCCGGCUCUGGCUCCGGCUCUGGCAAUGGCAGCGGCUCUGGCUCUGGCUCUGGCUCUGGCUCUGGCUCUGGCUCUGGCUCUGGCUCUGGCUCUGGCUCUGGCUCUGGCUCUGGCUCUGGCUCUGGCUCUGGCUCUGGCUCUGGCUCUGGCUCUGGCUCUGGCUCUGGCUCUGGCUCCGGCUCUGGCUCUGGCUCUGGCUCCGGCUCUGGCUCCGGCUCUGGCUCUGGCUCUGGCUCUGGAUCCGGUAGCAACGGUAACGCUCCUCCCGUUGUUACCAACGGCGCCAACAUGAUGGCUCCGGCUGGUGCUCUGGCUCUUGCCAUCGCUGCUCUUGUCAUGUAA